AUGGAUCCUUGGAGGCUAGUCGUGCCUUCUCUUGGCAUUGUCAACCCGACAGCCUCGGCUAAUGUUCUGAACCCUCGCGCUGCACCUCCCGAGGACAAACAUUUCGUUCAGCCGAGAAGCGCAUACGCGCCCUCAGCUGUGGUGUAUUCUCCGCAUGAAGUCCGUAUCACGAAUAAUUCGCCGUCGCAGCAGCUCCCAGCUAUUGACGCGGGCGUUUUGACUCCCGCGAUACUCUCCAACGUCGUCCCCUCGCAGACUCCAGCGGGAGUUGAUGGAAUCGUAGGGCCUAUUCCUGCUAAGGGAAACUCUACCAAGCAAGGUAAGAUCACCAAGAAGACCAAGCCUCCCAAGCAGACCCCCAAGAGCCGCGGCGGCGGGCUCACUCGUAGCCAAGUCGGUCCCUGCCAGCCGCCGGGCGACUUCGUUGCGCCGCGCGGCUCCCAGUGGCGCCUGGUGACCGAGAACAUGCUCAAGUUCAUGAAGGACGAAGAGCUAAAGGAGAUUGUAAAGGCCACCGGCGAGGUAGCGAAGGACGGCGAUCCCGAGGCGCAGAAGGUCUGGAGCCUCGUGCAGGCCUACAUCGACCGCCGCCACCAGCUGCGCAACAACCGAUCUGCGCGGAAGGCGCGCAACAAGAAGGAUCAGGAGCUCCAUUUCUGGAAGGAGUUGGCGCUUUCUCUUGGAGCCGAGGACAAGGAGUUUGAGUACCACGAACCUGCGGGUCUUCACGACGAAUUCGAGAAGUGA